AUGGACCUGUUAGAUUUAUACCAUGCUCAUGACUUAUCAUUGGCUACAGAAGAAAGCUAUGAGGUUCACUUUACCAAUAAUAAAAAAUCAGAAGAAGCCGAGGACCGAAAAUCAUCAGAAAGUUCAAGUCCGGAUAGUAAUGGAAAGAAGAAAAAGACACGGAUUGUUCCAUGGGAACCGUAUAAAGCCGCAGUUGCACCGAAUAAAAAAGGAGAUGUGUGUCCAGAGAAGCUUCCGGAAUUGAUUGCAUAUGCAAUGAACUCGAAAUCAGAACAAAACAACAAUAUGGUGAUGAUGGAGAGAAAGGAAUUGAGAGACGAGAGACGGCAGAGAAAAAGUAUGGAACCCCAAACGACGUCAUCAGAGAGGGAGACCGAGUUGGAGAAGGAGUUGGAGACGUUGAGGAAAGAAUUGAAUCUAGAACAAAAGAUGAAUUCUGAACUGAAGAGGUUGAUGAUUGCCACGUUGAGUGAUGAGCUACAAGGACAGGUUGAGGCAUUGACUGAGGAUAAAGUUCGAUUGGCUUAUCGAGUGGAUGAGUAUAUGGGAAAGCUAAUGGUAGAAGACGAAGAAUCCGAUCGGCUACGAAUAGAUCGAGACGUUUGGAAAUGUAAAUUUUUGGCACAAUCCAUUCGAUGUGAUGAACUGACUUCCAAAAAUGAAUACUUGUUGAAGACACUAGUUGGAGUUCAAGAAGCUGUCAAGACUAAAAACGUCACCUCCGAAGAGAUCCGCGACUUUGUUCAACUCGACCUCCAACCCCUAUUCCAUCGUUCUCCAUGCGAAGAAAGAGUUCGUCCGAUAACAGCAAAGUACUCGAACCUAACCAUUUCAUGCUGUAGAAACUGCACUGGUCGUGACAUUCAACUCCUUUAA